UUUAAAUUAGAUAAAUAAAGAAAAGCAAAAUAAAAUCAAAAUUAAUACAUUUGGCACCGUCGCAGCUACAUACACCAAAACGCGAACUGUAAACUGUCAGACGCUGGCGUGUAAAUUUCUGGCUUUCCAUUCCGUCGCUCACUCUCCAUACACAUCACGUGUACGCUACUCGCCAUGUUAUUUGCCAUCUUCCGCAUUGAGAAACCUAAACGUUGCAAUGCCACGCACGUGAUGGCGAGUGGGCACGAAUUUUUUACUGUUGCACCUGGACGAAUAGACUAUCAGCAUUUCAAAUUGCAAAACCGAAACGUCAACCGCCUGGAAAAGCUACUCUGUGAAGCUGAGCAUUUAUUUUCACUAAUAAUUACACUAUUUUUUUUCUUUUUUCCAAACAAUAUUGUACAAAUGUAGCUGCAAAUUGGAGUAUUCAUUUGCCAAACCCUAGUUUCUGCCUUUGGGAGAUAGAAUUUUGAAGAAGGUGAUUCUCCGACAACAUUACGGCGUCGAAGAAAUUUUUAUUUACUGUCUUGUUCAGCUCUUAAGUUACGAUACAUUUUGUAUACCAUCGUUGAAGAAACACAGAUUUUUUUCCGGUACCUUGUUUCCUGCAAAUAGAUGGCUGAUUUAACGAGCGGGUCGGGUUCUAAAGAUCCAGGAAAUCUGGUUGGGGUCUAUAUAGAUGCUAGUAAUCGGGCUAUUGACUCUGCUUUGACUGAUAUGCGAUCGAACGGAAGUGGCAAAAUUUGUUCGUAUGCUGACGUGGCAUUAGGCGAGGAGGAAACCGAGUUUCGAGUGGGUGAUUUUGUUUGGUGCAAACUCAAGAAUCAUCCAUGGUGGCCAGGGCAGAUUUAUGACAAAAAGGAAGCUUCGGAAAUCGCCAUCCGACAUAGCCAAGAGAAUCGCAUCCUCGUUGCCUUAUUCGGUGACGGUUCCUGCUCUUGGUGCUUACCCUCACAGCUAAUACCCUUCUCCAAAAAUUUCCGCCAAAUGUCAAAAAACGAGGAUCCUUCUAAUAACUUCCUAAAAGCCAUACAAAAAUCCACCGAUGAGAUCGGUAGAGUUGUCGAGGCAAAUAUGACGUGUAAGUGUAUCCCACUGGAGAAGAGAUGCCACCUGGCGAGGCAAGUGGCUUCGAAUGCCGCUGUAAAACCGGGUGUUCUUGUUCCCGAAGUUGACUUUCAAAGGCUGUCUGUGCCAGAAUUCGAUUCGUCCGAGAUAGUUUCGAAGGUGUUGAAUUUUGCAAAGGGUGUUUGUUUCGAUAGUGUGUUUGACGUUGCAGUAUUGAGAAGCUACCUCUCUGCCUUCUACUAUUCUAAAGGUGGGUUUCGGUUGCCCGUGUAUUGCGAAAAGCCCGUUUAUAUUGACGGUUUGGAGGAUAAGGAUAAGAAUAUUCUUCAAGUAAAUGAUGAUUUAAGAGUCCAUACUGAAAUUCCGAUUCCUGGUCCGAUAAAGGAUGAUUGGCUUUCUUCACCCGCAAUUAGUUCUGCUAAGUCACGGAACAAUUUCUCUGAUGAUAUUGUUUAUUCUAGAAGGAAGCGAAAAAGUGUCGUUGAACUUAUGGCGGAAGUAAAAAAUGUCGAGCCUGAAUUUCGGAAGAGGAAAAGGAAGGGUAAAGAGGUAAAGAAAGUUGGUUCUGAAAUCCCGAAAAUACCGAAGGAGAAUGUUUCGCAUGCAGAAAAAAGUGGUAAUGGGGUUGUGGAUGGGGUAAAUGGAGGUGCUUUGGUAGUUAAAAAUGAGGAAACUGAAGUUGCUCUUGCUGAAAAAAUUACUUCCGAUCGAGCGAAAGAUGAAUCGGAGAAUAUAUCUACGUCGAGGGGAAGGAAGAAGAGUAAGUACUUGUCUUCGCCUUAUAGAAAUCCGAAGUUGGAUAUGGAAAUUUCAAGUUUCAAGAUUGAAUCGGAAUACGAUGAAAAACUGGUUAACGUUGAGGUCAAAGGGCUGGAUAGGUCUAUUGUUAAAUCGAGUUCCGAUAAAAAAAUGAGUUUCCCUGUUUCUGAUAUUGAUGUUCGUGUAAAUGAAUUGGUAUCGGGUAUACGUUUUGCUGCUGUCGAUCCUCUUUUCUUGAGCAAGAAGGGAUCACUUGGGAUCGUCUGUUCGUUCUUUUCUGCUUUCAGAAGCUCGACUUAUUAUCACGGACAAGACUAUAAAAUUUAUCGGAAAUCGAAAAAUGGUAAGAAGAGAAAAUCAUUGCCCUCUCGUGUGAAGAAUGUUGAAAAUGGCAUUGUUCAAGAAAAGCCCGGAUCAUCUAACCGAAAACCUCUCAAAUCAGCAGUGAAGACCGAAGGAAAGAAAGCUAGGUCAAAGUCUUGCCCGAAAAUCUCGUUUGAAGAAACGGUGGAUGAUUUAGUUUCGGAUGUUGGAGUGAUUAGGCAGAAACUAGAGAUAAUGACGGCGAUUAUGGUGAAUCACUGUUCGAGAUUUUCGGACGAGGAUAGAAUUAGCUUGAAGGAUGAGAUGAAGAAUCUAACGGAGAAUAUGGAAAAUGCGAGUGAAAAGGUACGUGUUAUUGCUGAGAAGACGUCUCUCUGUAUUAAAGAAAGUUGAAAAGAGUAUUUUCCGAUGGGGGUAUUUGUUCGAUCUUUAUUUUAUUUCUCUUUAGGACUUUUGAAUGGGAUAGUAAGUAGUAUCGUAGUAAUCGACUAACUCGAUAGUUGGACAAGUAGUCCGUUAGACGUGCUGCUGUUGUUCUGAUCUAUGUUUCUAAUUUGACUUUCUGGGAAUCGUUUCUUUUGCGAAUGGGGCCGAGUUUUUGUUUGAA